AUGCCCUCUCAGCUGCCCAAUGAAACUGACGACCCAUUUACGAAGUGGUUAAAGUCUCGUGCCAUUAUCCAAAGGACUGUAUCGACGAGAGAGUGUUUUGAUUAUGAAGUAUUUUUAGCUUCUGGCGGCUGGAAUAUAACCAACGAGAUGGUGACAUUAAGAAAAUACUACCAACUCAAAUGGUCGAACUCAAGUUACAACUGGUUUCACCCAAAGACUGUUGACUUCAUAAAGGAACGACUACACAACUUAGAAAAACAUGACUCCUCAUGGAAAAUUCCGAACAUUUCCCAUUCAUCCAAAAAAAUAUUCGUGGAGGAUAUCAAAUCUGCGUUCUCAAACUUAGAACCUGUCUGGGGUCCAGCAAGGCUCUUAAAUCCAGCUGAGUUACUGUUACCACAAGACGAGAAAUUGCUCGUACAAGAGAUACCACUAGAAUUUGGACCUUUUCAGUACACGAAUAGGUUUGCGUAUGGUGGUUUGCAAUUCAAGAACAACUUAUUUGUUACAUAUGGGAGUUAUUCCUUCUUGGCUGCUGGCCAAUGCAUUGAAGUCCAUAAUUUUGAUGUACUAUUGAACGGUUCGUCACUAGAAAUUUGCCAUGCUCUGUUGCCUGUGAUAAUACCGGAUGACAGAGACGCAAGAACUUCACAUAACUCCUCACAUGUGAAAUUCAAGGAUACACAGUUUAACAGCAUUCCAGAACUAUCCUCUAUCAACUUUUUGAAGAUUUGUAACUUCAUGCAUCAAGAUUUUCUCUUGACGUGUGGUGAUAAUGGAGUUGUUUAUAUUUGGGAAAUCAACAAAAUUAUCAAAAUAUUCAAUAAAUUUACUUCAGAUAUGCUAGGUGGUACAAAUAACAGUCGAGAAAGAUACAUAAACGUAGAUCCAUAUAUGGUGUUAAGAGUAGAGGAAUCCUGUUGGAGUGUUGAUGUAAUAGAUAUAAGUGGUAUUAUAUACAUCGCUGUGGGACAUAAUAAGCCUGGUGUCACAGUCUUUGCAUUCGAUAAAGAUAUAAAGAAGGAAAGGAGAUAUAUUCGCCCUUUAGAUCUUCCUUCAUCCCAUAACGUUCCCUGUGUUAAUUUUGUUCCGAAUUCAAAAGAUUCUAAUGGAUACAUUGCAUUAAGUUACUGUUCUAUAUUUGGAAACGUCGUUACCAUUAAAUUGAAGGAGUAUGAUUCCAUGAUUUUGACGAACUUCCUUGAUACCCAGUUUUUUGGAGAGGACCUGUGGACAAUAACACCAUUGACAAAUAAAGAUUUUGUAAAAGUGGAUAAUUUUGAAUCGCUAAAUCUUAACUAUCAAGAAGGUUUCAAGGAGAAUAAGCUAUAUUCAAUUUGUCGAGAUGAUUUCUUGCUUGGAUAUUACUGCGAUAACGCCUAUCUCUCGGGAAAUUUCGGUAUUGGUACAUUACUCAAUCAAUUUCAGGUUCCUGUAACUGACCUACGGCUGACUUCUUCAGAAGGAAUACCAGAUGAAGUUAUGCUAUUGAGAUUUACCUCAUUCGAUAGAGACUAUACGACAGCUGGUUCAAUAAAAUACGAACACAGUAGAGAGGAAUUUGCGCUUAUUCUACAUGCUGGUGACUUAGGUGAUAUGAAUGAUAGAGUAACAAAAAUCCUUUCAUGUGAACAUUUACAACAAUGGACAUUUUGGGAUAAUUUUGGUUACAAAAAUUAUCCAGCUAAUGAUCGUGGAUUUUCGAAGUACAGAGAUAUUAUCAGCACAUUUCCACAACUUAUAAUACCCAAUGGAAGAAAUAAAUCGUCACAAUAUCAGAGUGCUUCUGACAGAAAAACUUGUGAGCCGUUCACUUACAAGCUUACAGAUAUAGAAAACGAUAUUGAAGAGAUGUCUAGGGAGUUUAAUCGAAGUAUUCGAAAUUUGAAAAUGGAUAAACAAAGACAACUACAAACUUCGAAAGAAUUUAAAUCGCUAAGUUCAGUAAAUCACUUACCGAUUAUUGAAUCUGGCAAUUUUCUAUGGUACAACACUGAUGCUGCAGCCGAUUGGAGAACACUUUUUGGCAAGGAUUUGAGCACAGUUUUAAGGAACCCGGAGAUUUGUAGUAGCGCUCAACUGAACUGGGCAGAGGAUGAUGGAGUCAACAGCGACCCUGAAAAUGAAGAAUCUGCCAACAACUUGACAAGUUUCCAACGCAGGUACAGGGAGACUGAACAGCGUGUUCACCUGAAAUCAGAUUCACAAAAUUCUUGGGGGUUUCAUAAUUACGUCAGAAACGUCAAAAGAUUAUUGGAGUCAGUUGUGCCAGGCUCAGAAGAUUCGCCCCUUGGGUAUCAACUAUCUGAAAUGCAUUAUGACUUUUUCUUCCUAACCACAGCAAAUAGGUUGGUGCUGAUGAAAGCGUAUCCGCUCAUAAUUAUAUCAGCGACACCUCACGAGAUUUUUCCUCUCGAUGGUGUCGUGUCAUGUACCUCGAAGUCUUUACUGCAGGCAUUGAACAGAAUAAAUUUUGUGUGUCACAUCAAGGAACUAAAUUGUAUAGCUGUAGCCUCACAACUGGGUCUUAUUUCGUUACUAAGAUUAACAGAGUACAGAGGUAUCUAUUCGUUUCGACAAGAGUACAUUCUUGGAUGGGAAGUCCAAGACCCUGUUAACCCUAGUCUAGAGUGCAAGUGCAAUAGAAACUUGUUUGAUGCGCGUAUUCACGGUGUGGAUGGAGAGAACUCAAACACGUACUGCGGUGUGUGCGAUGUAUAUUUUCCCAUGGGUGAUAUAUGCGGUCUAGAUUACACUUACACAGCUGGCGGCGAAGACUUGAAGCAUAAGGGAUAUGCCACCCUUUAUGUAGCGUCAAGAGGCACCUUAAGAGCGUUUAAGAUCACCACUGAGCAUGAAAAUACUCAGUUAUAG